CGCUGUAUUUAUUAUUUUGUACCGCAACUAGUAGUAAGUGUAUAUCAGGAGUUUAUUAAUUACUGGUGAUCAAUAAGAAUGUCUCAUGAAAUGGAAGUGACUGUGGAACAACCGGAAAAUGGUGAUAUCGGUUGUGGUGCACCAUGUGUAGAGGCGAAUAAUUUUACCGGAGGAAUAACGGAGGUGCAGUGUAGUAAUUUUAGCUUUCGUAACAAAUCUUCCAACAAUGCAAGUUCAUUUCGAAUCGAGGCCCUAUUGGCCAGUGCUAGUGAUACCAAAAAUGAGUCAUCGAGUGCAACAAUGAACAAGGAUUACAAACUGGAUGCUUUCUUGAACGAUGAGUCAUAUUCAGGACCCUUAUCAUCAGUUUCGUCAGACUCCAGUCCCAGUAUAAGCCCUGGCUGUGAAAAUCAAGAACACUACAAAGAUGAUGUGGAUGCCAACGACGCCGAAAGAGACAUCAAUAGCUAUCAGGGGUUUCCUCCCUACUACAAUAUCUCAAACUCUGCCUUCAUGUUUUGCUCGAGUAACAACGUAUCGGGACGGAGCGAAUCCGAUUUGAAGUAUCCCUUGGAAGAUAUUAGAGGCCAGUUGAACUUUCCACAGUUACCUCAGCUGGAGUUUUUAAGACAACCAUAUCUGUACUAUCCCAGGAUUACUGAAAUGGAGCUUUCAGGACAGCACACGGUGUAUGGCAAAAACCGUAGACCCCGCACAGCGUUCACAUCUCAACAAUUGUUGGAGCUCGAGAAACAAUUCAAAGUCAGCAAGUAUCUAUCAAGACCAAAGCGAUAUGAAGUCGCCAACAAUUUACUGCUUUCUGAAACACAGGUCAAGAUAUGGUUUCAAAACCGACGAAUGAAGUGGAAACGAUCCAAAAAAAUUAAUGAUUCUAAGAAAAUGGCCCACAAUGUUGCAUCUGCUAGCAAUUCUACGCAAUACAAUGAGGUCAAGAAGAUCACACCCGAGACUAAUACCCCUGCAAAUACAGAACAUCUCGAAUCUAACCAAGAACAUCAAUUGACUAGCAGCAAUAGCCUUACGGGCCAGACAAAACUAGCCGUUUCGCCGAAUUAUGUAAAGCAUGAUAGAUGUACAAAUGGCAACUCCAUAAUCGCAAAACAGUCUAUGCUUCGAUUAGACCAAGAAAAAUGCAAUGUUUUCAAACCAUAUAUAACGUAGAACUGGUGUUGAG